AUGAGAGAGCGCAUCUUCCGCCACGAGUACGGACGAGGCCUGAACAACUACUCGGAUGUGUAUCGUCUGCCCGCGGACGACGAGGAGCUGGAACGCCUUGACAAGCAGCACCAGAUGUUCAUCGAGGUGAUGGGCGGCAAGUACCCGCCUCCUAUGGACGAAGUGCUGACGGAGGACGGGUCGGGGGAGACAAAGGCUUGUCUCGAUCUUGGUUGCGGGUCCGGGUGCUGGAUACGCGACGUUGCGCUGGACUAUCCCCAUUGCAGCGCCGUUGCCGUGGAUCUCGUCCCCAUGCAAGCUGCCAUGAUGCCACCCAAUCUCAGGAGCGAAGUCGACGACAUCAACCUCGGUCUCGAGCACUUCUACGGCCAGUUCGACGUCGUCCACGCUCGCCUCGUCUCGUCCGGCAUCCGUGACUACGCAGGUCUGCUCGACCACACGACCCGCGUCCUGCGCCCCGGCGGCCUGCUCGACCUCUUCGAGUUCGACUUCCGCAUCUACGACGAGCACCGCAAGCCCUACGUCUGCAACGCGAACGUCAUGCAGCCGCCAUGGGCGCCGCUCUUCAUGACGAUGGUCAACCAGGCCGUGCGUCGUCGUGGCGGACACGUCGACGCCGCGAACCUGCUCGAGCGCUGGGUGCGCGAGCACCGCUGCAUGACGGACGUCGUCUACCGCGAGUACUGGAUCCCGACGAGCCCGUGGGCGCGCGGGGACGACGAGGACGCGAUUCGGCAGCGCGCGUUUGGGGAGGCGUUCAUCAAGUCCGCAAGGCCUUUGCUGUUGGGCAGCGGGUUCCCUGAGUAUCUGGUCGACCAGGUCAACGCAAGGGCCGAGCGGGAGCUGGACGAGGCCCGGGUGCCGGGGUAUAUCCUCUGCCAAACCGUGUACGCCCGGAAGGAGCGGGUGUGA